AUGUCUGCCCCAACACCCCCAACUCAACACCCCAGCGACGAACACCACCCCUCAGAACCAACCUCCAGCACCAGCACCAGCAGCACACCCUCCAACAACGACGCCGCCGACGAUAAUACCACGACAGGCGACCUGCCCAUGAGCAUGCACGCAUCCGUGAUCCUAACGAACCUACCCAAAGACGCCAGCGCGGCACUCGCACUCGUCGACGACCUCGACGAUUUCAAAGUGUCCGUCCGCUUCCAACCGAUCGGGUCGGCGCCGAUGUUGAAGCAGAAGGUGUUCAAGAUCAAUGCGUCGUCGCGGUUUAGCGUCGUGUUGAAUUUUCUGAGGAAGAAGGUUGGCGUGCGCGAGGGGGAUGGCCUUUUUCUCUACGUCAAUAGUGUUUUUGCGCCGGGGUUGGAUGAGGGCGUGGGGAAUUUGUUUCGGUGCUUCAAGGUGGACGAUCAGUUGAUCGUCAGCUAUUCUACUACGCCUGCUUUUGGAUGA